AUGGCGCGGUGGUUGUCAUUCUUUGCAGAAUACAACUUUACGGUCGAGUACAAACCAGGACGACUUAAUGUCGUCGCUGAUGCACUCUCACGUCGUCCCGACUUUGAAACAGUCGCGAAACCCAACAGUGAGACAGUCACUGUUGCGGUUAUGACGUCCUCAGUUCCAUCUACAACGUUGUAUGAUGAUGUGAGGCGGGCAUACGCCCAAGAUGCCGUUUCUGGUGACACACCACGUGUUGUCAUUCCAGAUGAUACUGAUCUGCGUUUGCGGAUCAUGUUCGAGUAUCACGAUGCUCCUAUAGGAGGACAUCGUGGCCGAGAGAAAACAUAUCUCACGGUAAGUCGAGACUUUUACUGGCCCCGCCAGUAUCAGUUUGUGCGAAAGUAUGUUCGCGCAUGCGAAGUCUGCCAACGAGUGAAGUCAAGUCCUUCACUGCGUGCACCUUUACAGCCUCUACCGGUUCCGGCUGAGUGCUGGGAAUCCAUCUCAAUGGAUUUCGUCUUCGGGUUACCCAAAGACGCACGCGGGAAUACGGGUAUUCUCGUAUUUGUUGACAGAUUCAGCAAAAUGGUACACCUUGUGGCUGUACCAGAGACAAUCACGGCAAGUGGCUGUGCUUGUGUCUUUAUUGACACCAUCUUCCGACUUCAUGGGUUGCCCCGUGAACUCGUAUCAGACAGAGAUCCACGAUUCACUGCUGAUUUCUGGCGUUCCGUGUUCAAAUCACUCGGAACGCGCUUGAAGAUGUCAACAUCUGAUCAUCCAGAGUCGGAUGGUCAGACGGAACGUGCCAAUCGUGUCCUUGAAGAGAUACUUCGAGGAUACGUACACUCCUUUAAGAGUUGGAGUGAGUUUUUGCCAAUGGUAGAGUUUGCCAUCAACAACUCGGUGCAUGCGUCCACGACACAUACACCGUUUUACGUGAAUGGCUUGCGCCAUCCGCGUGUACCCACCUUACUAGAGUGUAACUCUGGUUUAAGGGGGGGAGGGACUCGCGCGAGCAAAAACCGAUUUGGUUCACGCUCAUCACGCUCUGACGAAGAAAUCAUUGCGUUUGAUGCCGAUAUCGAUAACAUCGAUAUCGAAGAAGAUGAUCCCAGUGAGAGUGCGGAAGCCCUCACUGAAGACAAUGAUCCCAGUGAGAGUGCGGAAGCCCUCACUGAAGAAAAGGUUGUUGUUGCUGCAGUGCGCUCACAGCACACUGAAGCUAACGAGUCAUCAGAUGAGUUCAUACUGGCUCGUGAAACGGUAGUCCGUUUUGUGCAAGACUCCAUCGCCGAAGCGGUGACUUAG